AUGGUGCUACGCAAGCAGGAAGACCUCGUCCCGCGCCCUCUGUCCCACGCGACGAACAACCCUCCCUAUCCAACGACCCCGUCCGAAGAACGCGUACCCCAACUCCCCGCCCUCUCCACCGACCACCCCAAUGUCUACUCACCGGACCUCAACAAAUCGCCAGCAUUCCAGCUGAAGCCUCUCGAUGAGGCACAGAAGCGAAUUAAUGACGACGAUGACGACUCUGUAUACAGCGACAACGAGUGGGACCAGUCGGAUGAUGACACUCCCGACAACGACCUGCCUGACCCGCUGAAGAUCGGUGGAGGAAAGCCGGUACCACCUCCAGCUACUGAAAAGAAGGAUUCGCUUCCCGAUGUAUUGAAGGCAGGACCACCGAAGGGCAUGCCGAUCAAGAAACCGCUGGAAAAGAUCUCGCCGGAGCCUACGGGUGCUACUUCGUCGUCGUACGCAAGCAACGCUUCCGGAGGCUCAAUACCGUUACAGACCAACAACCCAUACCUCAAGAUGCAGCAAACAGGCCAGAGCAACUUCGGCGUGGAGAGCAGUUCACAGAUCUGGGGUGACGCUCCAGCGCAAGCUCAGCAAUACGCCGUGGAGCUACCUUCUUUCCAGACACCUUCUACCCCGACGAACCAUAUGGCGAACCUUAACCUAACCGGCAACAACUCGCCACCUGUUGUACAACAAGGUUUUAAACCACCGACUCCACCCCCUGCGAUCGCGGUGCAAUCACCAAGCACGGCUGGUGGACCCUUCAAUCAAGAUUCGAAUGGACCUUCACAUCAUACUCCAGGCCUCGAUAGUACCUCAUUAGAUGCGUUCGAGCGAAGCUAUGGACAACAACAGACCGAGCAUGCUCGAAUCGUUCCUCAGCCUGCGCCCGCACCCGCGCAACAGCACCCGUGGGACGCACCACAAGAAUCUGCGGCCGCUAGAGAAGCUAGGGAAGAGCAGGACCGCCAGGAUAAUAACAACUUUGCAAGCACGAUACAACCACCAGAACGUCCUCCGCCCGCAGCACCGUCUCCGUUCGAUGAAGAACUAGCGCCCGCACUACCACCGCGGAGAUCUCAGGAAGAACAGCCGCCACCCAUGCCACAGCGACCACAGCAAGAACAGCCACCGCCUAUGCCGCUUCGUCCACUGGAGACAGGUGUUAUUCCAACCGCAGGCACCGUGCCCGAAUCACCAAAUACAGUGAUGAAUAGACAACGAAAAGAGACGUAUCAAAUCAAGCACAUCCGAUGGCAUGACGUUAUCAAGCGUGGCAUCAGGACGUCACCGAUCCUGACGCAGAACAUUAAUGGCCCCUGUCCCCUACUCGCAUUGGUCAACGCUCUCGUUCUCUCGACACCGGCUGAUGUGGAAACUGCUCUUGUCGAGACACUGCGAACGCGGGAGCAGGUUAGCCUUGGUUUGCUUCUUGACGCGGUAUUCGAUGAACUCAUGUCUGGUCGCAGGGGUGACGCUGCUCAGGAGCUUCCGGACGUAAGCGAUCUGUACAAGUUCCUUCUCGCUCUGCAUACCGGGUUGAAUGUCAACCCCAUGUUUGUUCAGGACCCAGACGCAACAGACGGCACUACGAUACUCACUGCACUCGCUGCGCGACCUGGCGGAUUUGAGAACACGCGGGACAUGAAGCUUUAUAGAACUUUUAACCUGCCACUUAUGCAUGGGUGGCUUCCCGAUCCUGGGUCAGACGCAUAUCGUGCUUUUGAUCGCAUAGCUAAGACCUACGAGACAUCGCAAUAUGUACAGUUCCAGGAAGAAGAGCUAGACGCAAAGCUGCAGAGUGGUGAACCUUUGUCUACCGAUGAGCAGCAGAUGUUCACUGACAUCCAUGCAAUCAAGGAGUUCCUCAAUCUGUGGCCAACGCAGCUAACCACGUAUGGGCUGAAGACUAUGCGCGAGACUCUUCAAACCGGCCAAGUGGCUAUUCUCUUCCGCAACGAUCAUUUCUCGACUCUGUACAAAGAUCCCCGGACAGAUAACCUGGUGACGCUUGUGACGGAUCAGGGAUACUCGACCCACGAUGAAAUCGUCUGGGAAUCUCUCGUAGACGUGAAUGGUCAAGGGAGCGAACUUUUUUCUGGUGAUUUUCGCCCUGUGGGUAAUAGCAUUUCGCCACAGCGAUCACAGACGCAGCCGCCUGUACAGAGCAUGCUAAAUGUAGGAGAUGAUGAAGGCUGGACCACUGUACAACGCCGCGGCAACCAUGGCACCUCCUUAUCAGGCCUAGCUCCACCCGAGAACGCUGCACCCCUUUCUCCCACUUCAGAUACAAGCAGGGUAGAGCAAGAAGAUCACGACCUCGCAUUGGCACUGCAACUCCAGGAAGAGGAAGACGACCGCCAUCGCCGAUCGCAAGAAGAGCGUCGUCGCAGAGAGAACCAGCUCUCGGAAGAUGCUAUCACGGCACAGUCUCAACAGCGUUCGCCGAACCGACGCACGUCUCGCCCGGGUGAAACACCGCCCGUCAUUCCGCCUCGUCGCAACAAUGUUCAGACCCAUCGUCCGGCCAACGAGCCCGUUCCGCCACCAACGUAUGAAGAAGCAGCAACAGCACCAACUUACCACCCACCGCAAGGCCACCCAGCAAAUCCGAGCGCUCCACUCCGAUCUCAGGGCAGCGCUUAG